AGCGCAGCGCAGCCAGCCUGGCCAGCUGCGCGUCCCGGUGCCCGCACCCUGCCACCACCGCCGUGCUGCGCUGGAGCGCACGGAGCAUGGCCAGAGCCGCAGAAGCUCAGGUGCUUGGCGUUCGAGGGGCUUGUGAGCAUCGGUGAUCAGCUGUCACGCCCAGACAGACCUGUCUGCCGAGAUCGCCCAGAGUCUGCCUAGGCGCGGGUGACACUGCGGCGCGUUUGCAGGGUGACAGCCGCCUCGCGGUUGAUACGUCUUGGGCUCCGUGCGUCCUCCGUCUCUCCCCAUCCUCUGCUCUUUUGCUCAAAGGUUCACACCCGCAGGCUCCAGAGCGCGACGUGUGCGUCCCCGUAGCCGGUGUCUCUUCCUAAGGAGCCUUCUCACUUCGGAGGCGCAAUGACAAGUUAAUAUGGGCGUCCACGCCUCGGUUUCCCAGGAGAAGAAUUGCCAAAGGCAGCGGUCCCCGUGAACCCAGAGCUUCUGAACAGGCCUCCCGCUGCGACAUCCGCGCAGGUGGGACCUGCUGUGGGCAGUGACUGGCCCGCCACCCAGCAGGCGCACUCGCAGGAUUUCCCCAAUUCCCCGACCCGGGGAUUCUGUUUUUUGGUUUUUGGUUUUUUUUCUUCCACUGUUGGUGGGCGCCUCGCGGGCCGAGGCCCGGCGCCUACUCGGCUGCCCGCGCUGCCUUUAGCGGUCGCCUCCGCCGCCGCUGCCAGGGACGUGCUGGGAAAGCCAAAGCCCCGGGAGAAGAUGCCGGCCAUCCUGGUAGCCUCCAAAAUGAAAUCGGGACUGCCCAAACCCGUGCACAGCGCCGCGCCCAUCCUGCACGUGCCCCCGGCCCGGACUGGUCCUCAGCCCUGCUAUCUUAAGUUGGGGAGCAAGGUGGAGGUGAGCAAGACGGCCUACACUAGCCAAAUCCCCCUGAAAUCGCAGGGGCUGCAGGAGCCGACGGGGGAGGGGCUCCCGUUGCGGAAGAGCAGCUCUCUGGAGAACGGGUUCGAUACCCAGAUCUACACGGAUUGGGCCAAUCAUUACCUCGCUAAAUCCGGCCACAAACGCCUCAUCAAGGACCUCCAGCAAGAUGUGACCGAUGGUGUGCUCCUGGCCCAGAUCAUCCAGGUUGUAGCAAAUGACAAGAUUGAAGACAUCAAUGGCUGUCCAAAGAACAGAUCGCAAAUGAUUGAAAACAUAGAUGCCUGCUUGAAUUUCCUGGCAGCUAAGGGAAUCAACACCCAGGGGCUGUCCGCAGAAGAGAUCAGAAAUGGAAACCUCAAGGCCAUUCUAGGCCUCUUCUUCAGCCUCUCCCGAUACAAGCAGCAGCAGCAACAGCAGCAGCAGCAGCAGCAGCAGCCGCCGCCUGAGAAGCAGCCCCUCUCCUCAUCCCCUCUGCCACCUGCCGGGUCUCAGGUGGCCGGGGCGCCUUCCCAGUGCCAGGCUGGCACUCCUCAGCAUCAGGGGCUGGCUACUCCCCAAGCCCCGUGCCAGCUCCUCCAGCCAGUUUCACAUCAGCAAGCGAAAACACAAGUGGAAAUGCAGUCCAGUGCAUCAUCUAAGGACUCAUCUCAAAGCAAAAUCAUCCGCUUCACUCUGGGUCAAAAAAAGAUCUCUAGACUCCCAGGUCCUACCGCAAGGGUGGCCACUGCAGGCAGUGAGGCCAAAACACGCGGAGGAGGGUCAGCUGCUGCCAACAACCGUCGGAGCCAGAGCUUUAACAACUACGACAAGUCUAAACCUGUCACCUCUCCACCCCCACCUGCACCACCAAGUAACCAUGAGAAAGAGCCACUGGCAAGCUCAGCCUCCUCCCAUCCUGGAAUGAGCGAAAAUGCCCCUGCGCCCUUGGAGAACAGCCCUGCCAUCCCCGUUAACUGCUCCUCCUCAGCCAUCCCGCAGCCCAGCGUGACCUCCAAACCUUGGCGCGGCAAGUCCCUCAGCGUGAAGCACAGUGCCACCUCAGCCAUGCUGUCUGUCAAACCUGCUGGACCCGAGGCCCCCAGGCCCACACCUGAAGCCAUGAAGCCUGCCCCCAACAAUCAGAAAUCCAUGUUGGAAAAGCUCAAACUUUUCAACAGCAAGGGAGGCUCCAAAGCCGGCGAGGGCUCGGCAUCCCGGGACACGAGCUGCGAGCGGCUAGAGAUCCUGCCCAGCUUCGAAGAGACUGAAGCGUUGGAGGCCACCGCCAACAGGGCACUUUCGACCGCGGGCCCGGCAUCCAGCAGCCCCAAGAUUGCACUCAAAGGCAUUGCACAGAGGACUUUCAGCAGGGCGCUUACCAAUAAGAAGAGCUCCCCAAAGGGUAAUGAGAAAGAAAAGGAGAAACAGCAGCGGGAGAAGGAGAAGGAGAAAGAGAAAGGCAAGGACCUCACCAAAAGAGUCUCCGUGACCGACAGGCCUGACCUCAAGGAAGAACCCAAGGAAGAUCUCGGUGGGGUGGUUGUGACUGAGAUGCCGAAAAAGUCCUCCAAGAUCGCCAGCUUUAUCCCCAAAGGGGGCAAGCUCAACAGCACCAAGAAGGAGGCUACAGCUCCGUCCCACAGCGGUAUACCAAAACCAGGAAUGAAGAACAUGUCUGGGAAGUCCCCAAGUGCCCCCAUACCUCCCAAGGAAGGAGAGAGGAGCAGAGGGAAGCUGAGCUCAGGGCUCCCUCCCCAGAAGGCCCAGCUGGACAGCGGGCACUCUAGCUCCUCCUCUAGCCUGGCAUCCUCAGAGGGAAAAGGCCCCGGAGGGACCACUCUGAACCACAGCAUCAGCAGCCAAACCGUCAGCGGCUCCGUCGGGACCACGCAGACCACUGGAAGCAAUACCGUCAGUGUCCAGCUACCUCAGCCUCAGCAGCAAUACAACCAUCCCAACACAGCCACGGUCGCACCUUUUCUGUACAGGUCCCAGACGGACACCGAAGGGAAUGUCACUGCCGAGUCCAGCUCAGCGGGUGUGAGCAUGGAGCCCAGCCACUACACCAAGAGUGGACAGCCAGCUCUGGAGGAACUCACUGCAGAAGACCCCGAGGCUCGGCGGCUUCGGACAGUAAAGAACAUCGCAGACCUACGACAGAAUUUAGAAGAGACCAUGUCCAGUUUACGGGGAACUCAGGUUACACACAGCACAUUAGAAACCACGUUUGACACCAAUGUCACCACUGAGAUAAGCGGCCGCAGCAUCCUCAGCCUCACAGGAAGACCCACUCCUCUGUCCUGGAGACUCGGACAGUCCAGCCCCCGGCUCCAGGCAGGAGAUGCCCCUUCAAUGGGCAACGGGUAUCCACCUCGAGCCAACGCCAGCCGCUUCAUCAGUGCCGAGGCAGGCCGCUACGUGUACUCUGCCCCUCUGAGAAGGCAGCUGGCCUCUAGGGGCAGCAGCAUCUGCCAUGUGGAUGUCUCGGACAAGGCAGGCGAUGAUGUAGACCUGGAAGGCAUCAGCAUGGACGCCCCAGGCUACAUGAGUGAUGGGGAUGUCCUGAGCAAGAAUAUCCGAAGUGAUGACAUCACUAGCGGGUAUAUGACAGAUGGUGGACUCGGCCUUUACACCCGUCGCCUGAACCGGCUUCCCGAUGGGAUGGCUGUGGUGCGAGAGACCCUACAACGAAAUACCUCCCUGGGCCUCGGAGAUGCUGACAGCUGGGAUGACAGCAGCUCCGUCAGCAGCGGCAUCAGCGACACCAUAGACAACCUCAGCACGGAUGACAUCAACACCAGCUCCUCCAUCAGCUCCUACGCCAACACGCCUGCCUCCUCCCGGAGAAACCUGGAUGUGCAGACUGACACUGAGAAACACUCGCAGGUGGAGAGGAAUUCCCUGUGGUCUGGUGACGACAUCAAGAAAUCAGAUGGAGGCUCAGACAGUGGCGUGAAGAUGGAGCCGGGCUCCAAGUGGCGGCGGAAUCCUUCAGACAUGUCCGAUGAGUCGGACAAAAGUGUGUCUGGCAAGAAGAAUCCAGUUCUUUCACAGACAGGCUCAUGGCGGAGAGGCAUGACGGCAGAGGUGGGCAUCACCAUGCCAAGGACCAAGCCAUCAGCUCCGACGGGCACACUGAAGACCCCAGGGACUGGAAAAACAGACGAUGCCAAGGUGUCUGAGAAGGGAAGGCUUUCGCCCAAAGCUUCCCAGGUCAAGCGCUCCCCGUCAGAUGCUGGCCGCAGCAGUGGGGACGAAUCCAAAAAGACCCUCCCCAGCAGCUCCAGGACGCCCACGGCCAAUGCCAACAGCUUUGGGUUCAAGAAACAGAGCGGCUCCGCUGCUGGGCUGGCCAUGAUCACAGCCAGCGGGGGCACCGUCACCAGCAGGUCUGCCACACUGGGUAAAAUCCCCAAGUCGUCCGCCCUCGUCGGUCGGCCCACGGGUCGGAAGACAAGCAUGGACGGAGCCCCAAACCAGGACGAUGGGUACCUGUCUCUCAGCUCCCGCACGAACUUACAGUACCGGAGCCUGCCUAGGCCCAGCAAGUCCAACAGCCGGAACGGAGCCGGGAAUAGAUGUAGCACCAGCAGCAUCGACUCUAACAUGAGCAGCAAGUCGGCAGGCCUGCCAGUGCCCAAGCUGAGGGAGCCCUCCAAAAUAUCCCUGGGCAGCUCGCUACCAGGGCUUGUCAACCAGACGGACAAGGAGAAAGGCAUUUCUUCAGACAGCGAGAGCGUGGCUUCCUGCAACUCUGUGAAAGUGAACCCAGCCACCCAGCCGGUGUCCAGCUCAGCUCAGGCCACUCUGCAGCCAGGGACCAAGUACGCAGAUGUGGCCUCUCCCACACUCCGCAGACUCUUUGGUGGGAAGCCAACCAAGCCCAUCGCCACAGCCGAAACUAUGAAAAGUGCAGUGGUCAUCUCCAACCCUCAUGCCACCUUGACCCAGCAAGGUAACCUAGAGUCCCCCUCAGGCAGCGGUGUCCUGAGCAGUGGGAGCAGCAGCCCUCUCUACAGUAAGAACGUGGACCUCAACCAGUCUCCUCUAGCGUCCAGCCCCAGCUCAGCCCACUCGGGCCCUUCUAACAGCCUCACCUGGGGUACCAGCUCGUCAGCAGUGAGCAAGGACGGCCUGGGCUUCCAGUCUGUUAGCAGCCUGCACACCAGCUGUGAGUCUAUUGACAUAUCCCUCGGCAGCGGAGGGGGCUUGAGUCACAACUCCUCCCCUGGUCCAGUGGCCUCCACUAAGGAAGACUCCUUGAUGCCUUUUGUCCGCACCAGCAGUGUGAAGACCACACUGUCGGAAAGCCCUCUCUCUUCCCCCGCUGCUAGCCCUAAGUUCUGCAGAAGUACUCUGCCCAGGAAACAGGACAGUGACCCGCACCUUGAUAGGAACACUUUGCCUAAGAAAGGACUCAGGUAUACACCCACCUCCCAGCUUCGCACGCAAGAAGACGCCAAAGAAUGGUUCCGGUCCCACUCAGCAGGGGGCCUGCAGGACACUGCUACCAAUUCCCCCUUUUCCUCCGGCUCCAGUGUCACUUCUCCUUCAGGAACAAGAUUCAACUUCUCUCAGCUUGCGAGCCCCACCGCUGUCACCCAGAUGAGCUUGUCCAACCCAACCAUGCUGAGGACCCACAGCCUGUCCAACGCGGAUGGCCAGUAUGACCCCUAUACCGACAGCCGCUUCCGGAACAGCUCCAUGUCUCUGGAUGAGAAGAGCCGAACAAUGAGUCGGUCGGGCUCCUUCCGGGAUGGGUUUGAGGAAGAAUUGUGGAGGGAAAGUUCUGCGGGCUGCUUUGUCAGCUACCUUCAUAAUUCACUUCAUUUCUCUCACCCUCUGCUCCUUCACCUAAGACUUCCAACAGUUCAUGGAUCCUCCCUGUCCUUGGUUUCCAGCACGUCCUCCAUCUACUCCACGCCAGAAGAAAAAUGCCAGUCAGAGAUUCGAAAGCUACGGCGAGAGCUGGAUGCCUCCCAGGAAAAGGUGUCUGCGCUGACUACCCAGCUAACUGCAAACGCUCACCUUGUGGCAGCCUUCGAGCAGAGCCUGGGAAACAUGACCAUCAGGCUACAGAGUUUAACUAUGACUGCGGAGCAGAAGGAUUCAGAACUGAACGAGUUAAGAAAAACCAUCGAACUGCUGAAGAAACAGAAUGCGGCUGCCCAGGCUGCCAUUAAUGGAGUGAUUAACACGCCAGAGCUCAACUGCAAAGGAAAUGGCCGUGCCCAGGCUACAGAUCUACGCAUCCGUAGGCAGCACUCCUCCGACAGUGUCUCCAGUAUCAAUAGUGCCACCAGCCACUCGAGUGUGGGCAGCAACAUAGAGAGCGACUCAAAGAAAAAGAAGAGGAAAAACUGGGUCAAUGAGUUACGCAGCUCCUUCAAGCAAGCCUUUGGAAAGAAGAAGUCCCCCAAGUCAGCAUCCUCUCACUCAGACAUCGAGGAGAUGACGGAUUCCUCAUUGCCUUCCUCACCAAAAUUGCCACACAAUGGAUCUACGGGCUCUACCCCACUGCUGAGGAAUGCCCACUCAAACUCUCUCAUUUCCGAGUGUAUGGACAGCGAAGCUGAGACAGUCAUGCAGCUACGAAAUGAGCUGAGAGACAAGGAGAUGAAGCUGACAGACAUCCGCCUGGAAGCGCUCAGCUCUGCUCACCAGUUGGACCAGCUCCGAGAGGCCAUGAACAGGAUGCAGAGUGAAAUUGAGAAGCUGAAAGCCGAGAAUGACCGACUGAAGUCUGAGUCUCAGGGCAGUGGCUGUAGCCGGGCCCCCUCCCAGGUGUCCAUCUCCGCCUCCCCGAGGCAGUCUUUAGGGCUCUCCCAGCACAGCCUGAACCUCACAGAGUCUACUAGUCUAGACAUGUUGCUGGAUGACACUGGUGAAUGCUCGGCUCGGAAGGAAGGAGGCAGGCAUGUUAAGAUAGUUGUCAGCUUUCAGGAGGCAAUGAAGUGGAAGGAGGACUCCAGACCACACCUCUUCCUCAUUGGCUGCAUCGGAGUUAGUGGCAAAACCAAGUGGGACGUGCUCGAUGGGGUGGUUAGACGGCUGUUCAAAGAAUACAUCGUUCAUGUGGACCCAGUGAGUCAGCUGGGGCUGAGUUCAGACAGUGUUCUUGGCUACAGCAUUGGUGAGAUCAAGCGCAGCAACACCUCUGAGACGCCCGAGCUCCUCCCUUGUGGCUAUCUUGUGGGAGAGAACACCACUAUCUUGGUGACCGUCAAAGGGCUCACGGAAAACAGCCUGGACUCUCUGGUGUUUGAGUCCCUGAUCCCCAAGCCCAUCCUGCAGCGCUACGUAUCCCUGCUGACGGAGCACCGGCGGAUCAUCCUCUCGGGCCCCAGCGGCACUGGGAAAACCUACCUGGCCAACCGGCUCUCUGAGUAUGUGGUACUUCGGGAAGGACGGGAGUUGACAGAUGGCGUCAUCGCGACCUUUAACGUGGACCACAAGUCCAGCAAGGAACUGCGCCAGUAUCUGUCCAACCUGGCCGACCAGUGCAACAGCGAGAACAACGCUGUGGAUAUGCCUCUAGUGAUCAUCCUGGACAACCUGCACCAUGUCAGCUCUCUGGGCGAGAUCUUCAAUGGGCUGCUUAACUGCAAAUACCACAAAUGCCCUUACAUCAUUGGCACGAUGAACCAGGCUACCUCUUCCACCCCCAACCUGCAGCUUCAUCAUAACUUCAGGUGGGUGCUUUGUGCCAACCACACGGAGCCCGUGAAGGGUUUCCUUGGCCGCUUCCUGAGGAGGAAGCUCAUGGAGACGGAGAUCAGUGGGCGGGCGCGCAAUGCGGAGCUGGUGAAAAUCAUCAACUGGAUCCCGAAGGUCUGGCAUCACCUCAAUCGCUUCCUGGAGGCCCACAGCUCCUCAGAUGUCACCAUUGGUCCCCGGCUCUUCCUGUCAUGUCCCAUUGACGUGGAUGGUUCCAGAGUGUGGUUCACUGACCUGUGGAACUACUCCAUUAUCCCCUACCUCCUGGAAGCCGUCAGAGAAGGACUCCAGCUCUACGGAAGGCGUGCCCCCUGGGAGGACCCCGCCAAGUGGGUAAUGGACACCUACCCAUGGGCCGCCAGCCCACAGCAGCACGAGUGGCCCCCACUCCUGCAGCUCCGGCCUGAGGAUGUGGGCUUCGAUGGCUACUCCCUGCCUCGGGAGGGGUCAACAAGCAAGCAGAUGCCCCCCAGUGACACUGAAGGAGAUCCACUGAUGAACAUGCUGAUGCGGUUGCAGGAGGCGGCCAACUACUCCAGCCCCCAGAGCUAUGACAGUGACUCCAACAGCAACAGCCACCAUGAUGACAUCCUGGACUCGUCCCUGGAGUCCACUCUGUGACCGAGGCUCCCCUACUCUUCCUCGCUCCAUCCCACCCUGCAUCCUCCACUUCAUUCUGAAGAUGACUUCCUGAGCCAGCCCUGGCUGCCACAGCCUUGAAGCCAGAGCAGAGUAGCGGGAGCAGGAACCCCUCGUCCCUUGCUCUCUGCCCUUGCAUGAGCAGCCCAGGACCUCCCCCUCCAUCAGUGACAACUAUACUAGCCUCUGUUCUACCCUCAUCCUCAUUUUUUGCCUUGUUGCCGUGACCUCCGUGAGACACUGAAAAUACUUCAUGGGAAAGGAUCCUCACCGUUGAAAUAUAAAGGGUUUAAAUGGAAA